AUGGUACGACGCGGUUCAGCAGCAGCCGCUGCGGCGACGAAUGCGCCUGCCGAAGACGAUAUCGCAACACCGACCUUGAUCUCCCCGCCCGAGUCAAAGACUCCUCCCACCGCUUCACAUAAGCGCAACAAGACCUUCCCCUCCAACACGCUCGAACGAAGCUCGGAACCAAUAGACGCCGCAGCACUGACAAAAGCGCUCGGACACAUCGAGCAGGCUGGUCGUGUGAGGGAACGGACACCAACAGCAAGCCCAAGCCGGAAGCGUCCGCGGAUAUAUGGCGACCGAUUCAUCCCAAAUCGUGCAGGACAGGACCUCCAGGCAAGCUUCAAUCUCCUUCACGAUGACGCAUCACCAGCCACUCCGUCCAAGGCCCGGCGCACUCCCCAUAACGAGCUCCAUUUCCAGAAGACUGAAGAAGCAAACCGCACAUAUUCCGCCGUACUCCGCCAAGAGAUGUUCGAGGGGUCAGUGCCUCAGGCUGUUCCCCAGAGCCUGUCCCCGAUUGAUAGCGCCAACAUGCGAGGAGCGGGACGCUCGCACACACCUCCAGCUAGGACCACAGCAUCAUUACCACCCCCUUCAGGGACUCCAUCUACCCCGCACAAGAACUUGUUCUCCUACUCAGGCCAGCCAACCCCGUCGCGAACACCCUCAAGUCGGCAUGGUGUACUCAACCUCAACGCCCGUUCGGAUCUCUACAGCCUAUCGCCCAUCAAGUAUAGCAGUCAACGCAUGCUUUUGAGUCCCCAACGUCAAGCCCGUGCGGUUUCCAAGGUGCCAUACAAGGUCCUGGAUGCGCCGGAUCUCGCCGACGACUUCUACCUCAAUCUCGUCGACUGGGGGAGCCAAAAUACUCUCGGAGGAUCACAUAUUGCCGUCGGAACAAAUCGAGGCCAGGUUCAAAUUUGGGAUGCGCAGACACAGCGUCGUCUUCGUACCAUGACAGGUCAUACAGGUCGCGUUGGUGCCCUUGCAUGGAACGAGCACAUCCUCACAUCGGGAUCAAGGGAUCGCACCAUCUACCACCGUGACGUUCGGCAACCUGAGCAGUGGCUUCGCAAGCUCGUUGGCCACAAGCAAGAAGUUUGUGGCCUCAAGUGGAACCAAGAAGACGGACAACUUGCUUCCGGAGGCAACGACAACAAGCUCAUGGUAUGGGAAAAACUCAACGCCGAGCCUACCUUUAAGUGGAGUGAGCACCAAGCUGCUGUUAAGGCCAUCGCUUGGAGCCCACAUCAACGCGGCCUCCUUGCCAGUGGAGGCGGUACAGCGGAUCGCACAAUCAAGUUCUGGAACACACUCAUUUCUUCCAGUGGUCCCUCGGCUUCAGCCCUUGCAUCUGCCUCAGCUGCAGCAUCAGCAGCUGCCACAACCAACAUACCCCUGUCACCUACCGCACCCGCAAAUCUCAUCAACAGUCUUGACACGGGUAGCCAGGUGUGCAAUCUAGCGUGGUCGAAGAACAGCAAUGAGAUUGUUUCCACACACGGAUAUAGCCAAAACCAAAUCAUCGUUUGGAAGUACCCAAGCAUGCAACAAGUCGUUUCAUUAACAGGCCACACGUACCGUGUACUGUACUUGGCCAUGAGUCCAGAUGGUCAAGUUAUCGUCACUGGUGCUGGCGAUGAGACACUUCGCUUCUGGAACGCGUUCAAGAAGAAGGAGCGCACUGGAGGCCUAAGCAGUAUGGACAAUUGGGGCGUCAUCCGCUGA